AUCGGUAGGUCUGGCGCUGAGCGACAGGCGGUAGACAGCAGCAGCAGCACACCAACAUUAAUAGCAACAACUCUAUCUGCCACUGCCAGCAGCACAAACAGCAGCAGCAGCAGAAUUUCUGGCAUUAGAGUGCAGGGCACUCAGCCAAUACGCUCAGAUUUCAUUCGAUCCUCGUUGUGGCAGCACGUUGGCAAUUCUACGUCGCGUGGUGAAAAGUGUAUAUUGAAUUUUUUUUCCACAACUUCUACCAAAUUGCUUUAGCAGCAAGUCGAAGUAAAGAAAUUCGUUGGUGGUCUUUGCGUCAAUGUGCACUUUAUUUUUGAAUCGUACAUAACACAACAGUGAUUUACUAACGUGUACGUAUGUAUGUACAUGUUAUAAAAGUGUAUAAAGUAAGAAAACAAAAUAUAGAGUUCCUUGAAAUACAUACGAGGAUCAACAACACAACUGCUGUGAGCUACUAUAAACGACAUUCAUUGGAAUUUUCGUGUGCGACAACGACGCUAUUCACUUGACGUGAGCGAAGUGUAUGUGAAAGAGGCAAAAAAUAAAUAAAUAAAUACAAAUUUAUAUAUGUAUAUAAGAAGUGUAAGAAACGAAAUUAAAUGCGAAUCGAAACAAAAACGUAACAAAAGUAGCGAAAAGCGCGAUUAAAGCAUAGUAAAUAUGUAAAUAAAUGAAUGACAGCGAAAAACAACUGCUGAAGAUGGCCACACAAAUCGCCGCCGAAGAUUUGUAGUUGAGCGAGUAAUUGAGUUUUUUGUUUUUACACGCGUAUACUUAUACGUAUAGCUUGCAUACAUACAUAUAUAAAUAUGUAUAUUUGCAUGAAAACAGAAAUUAAUGAAUGAAAACAAACGCGUAUGUGCCGAUAAAUUUGUCAAUCGAGUGCGGAAAAUCCAAACAUAUAAUAUAUUACUAAAACGUGCGUAAAGCGUGGCUACUGAACAAAGCUAGGCAAAGCAAAAUGCAUACGAAAAUGUAAUUUGAAUAAAUUACUAUGCACAGUGUAUCAAUGAAAUAAAUAUAUAUUUAUGCAAACAUAUAUAACAAAAAAUAAAUACAAUUAAAGUCAACUGCUUGCCUGCUGCGCCCACGAGCUUCAUUAAACGUCACAUUUUCACCGACUAACCUUUUCGGUUUUCAUUUGCAACGCAACGCGCACAGCAGCGCGUCAACUGCAGAAUAAGGCUCGGCGCAUUCGCUGCCACAGCGGCAACAUAAGGGUGCAUGCGCAGCAAAUUUUAUGUGUGGCACUUGUGUAUGUGAAGUUGCAAACCAAAAGCAAAAGCAAAAACAAAAAUAUUCAAUAAAUCGCUAAUCAACAUUGCGCACAGGCGACUGUGGUGAAGUAAUCGUAUAAAUAAAAAAAAACAAAAACCGCCUAAAAAUGGUUGCGCCCACCAUGGAUGGGCUGCCGCGAGUGCCGGACACACAUGGCGAUGUCGUCGAUGAGAAAUUAUUUUCAGAUUUAUAUGUACGCACCAGUUGGGUGGAUGCGCACGUUGCACUCGAUCAAAUCGAUAAGGGCAAAGCGCGAGGGAACCGCACCGCUAUCUACCUACGUUCAGUAUUUCAAUCGCAUCUCGAAUCAUUGGGUAGUUCGGUACAAAAGCAUGCGGGUAAAAUGCUCUUCGUGGCCAUACUAGUGUUAAGCACAUUUUGUGUGGGACUGAAGAGCGCACAAAUACAUUCGAAAGUACACCAACUGUGGAUACAAGAAGGUGGCCGCUUAGAAUCUGAACUCGCCUAUACACAAAAAACGAUUGGUGAAGAUGAGUUCUCAACGCACCAGCUUGUCAUACAGACGGCGCAAGAUGCGAAUGCGUCGGUGCUGCAUCCGCAAGCAUUGCUGGCGCAUCUGGAAGUGUUAAAGAAGGCGACGGCGGUAAAGGUGCAUAUGUACGAUACGGAGUGGGGUUUACGUGAUAUGUGCAAUUCGCCGACAACGCCAAGCUUUGAGGGUCACUACUACAUCGAACAGAUAUUUAAGCAUUUAAUACCUUGUUCGAUAAUAACGCCGCUGGAUUGCUUCUGGGAGGGUAGUCAACUGUUGGGACCGGAAUUUCCAGUGCAAAUACCUGGCAUCGAUAAGCGCAUCAUGUGGAGCACAAUGAAUCCGUCGAAUCUCGUGCAGACGAUGAAACAGCAAAUGAGUGAUCAGAAAAUACCAUUCGACUUUGAUAUGGUGGAGCAGUAUAUGAAGCGUGCCGGCAUUACGGCUGGUUAUACGGAGAAGCCGUGUUUGGAUCCCAAGAGUGCUGAGUGUCCGGAAACGGCGCCGAAUAAGGAUAGCCAGCAACCACCUGAUGUCGGUGCUAUACUCACCGGCGGCUGUUACGGCUAUGCCACCAAGUACAUGCAUUGGCCGGAAGAGCUCAUUGUCGGCGGUGUACAACGCAAUCGUUCCAGUCAUUUGCGUAAGGCGAAAGGUCUACAAACGGUGGUGCAACUGAUGACCGAGAAAGAAAUGUUUGAUUUGUGGAAUGAAAACUAUAAAGUACAUCAUAUCGGUUGGACACAGGAGAAAGCCGCGGAAGUGUUGAAUGCGUGGCAGCGUAAUUUUUCCAAAGAGGUUGAGACGCUAUUGAAAAGCAAUCGACGUAUAUCGAAUAAGUAUGACAUUUAUGUGUUUUCAUCGGCCACAUUGGAUGAUAUACUGGCCAAGUAUUCCAAUCCCAGUCCGAUUAGUAUUGUAAUUGGCGUAAUUGCGACGGUAAUUUAUGCUUUUUGUACGCUCAUACGUUGGAAGGAUCCGGUUAAGGGACAGAGUAGUGUUGGUGUAGCGGGCGUGCUGCUCAUCGGUUUCUCGACCGCUGCUGGUUUGGGCCUUUGCGCGCUACUCGGUAUCGUUUUCAAUGCCGCGAGCACGCAAGUUGUACCCUUUCUUGCGCUCGGCUUUGGCGUUGAUCACAUUUUUAUGCUCACCGCUGCUUAUGCGGAGAGUAAUCGUAAAGAGCAGACAAAAUACAUAUUGAAGAAAGUCGGACCGAGCAUACUCUUCAGCGCUAGCGUCACAUCGGGUUCAUUCUUUGCAGCCGUUUUUAUACCAGUGCCCGCCUUGAAAGUGUUCUGCCUACAAGCUGCUAUUGUUAUGUGCUUCAAUUUAGCUGCGGCGCUACUCGUUUUCCCCGCCAUGAUUUCUUUGGAUUUACGUCGACGUACUGCUGGCCGUGCGGAUAUCUUCUGCUGUUGCUUUCCUGUGUGGAAGGAGAAACCGGUAGCGACAGCUGUGUGCAACACGCGUUACAACAACACUAAUCGCCGUAAUUCGUAUGCUGUGAAGAACUGCAACAAUCGUUCCACUGCCAUGUCGGCACAACAGCCACAACUGAAGCAGCAAGAGGAAGCACUACUUUCCUGCGCCGAGAAACGCAUGCCAUCCUUUUCGCUGUCGAAUUUCGCUUUCAAAUACUAUACGCCAUUCUUGUUGCAAAGCUGGGUGAAAUUCUUAACAAUUAGCACAUUCGUUGGUACGCUAGUCUUCAGUUUAUACGCCUCGACGCGUCUACAAGAUGGACUUGAUCUGAUCGAUCUGGUGCCGAAGGACACAAAUGAGUUUAAAUUUCUUAAUGCACAAGCAUCGAUGUUCGGUUUCUAUAGCAUGUAUGCGGUGACGCAGGGAAAUUUUGAAUAUCCCACCAAUCAACGUUUGCUGCAUGAGUACCAUGAGGCUUUUGUGCGUGUACCACACGUUAUUAAGAAUGAUAAUGGCGGUUUGCCCGACUUUUGGCUCUCACUAUUCCGUGAUUGGUUAAUCAACCUGCAACGCAUAUUUGACCGUGAGUUUAGUGAGGGACGUCUAACGCCCGAAGGUUGGCUGCCCAAUGCUACAAGCGAUGCUAUAUUGGCGUACAAAUUACUCGUGCAAACCGGUUAUGUUGAUAACCCUGUAGACAAAAGUGGCGUCACACAAAAUCGUUUAGUCGACAGUGAGGGCAUAAUCAAUCCAAAGGCGUUUUACAACUAUCUGUCAGCUUGGGCCACUAAUGAUGUAUUCGCCUACGGUGCAUCACAGGGUAAAUUGCAUCCAGAGCCACGUCACUUUUACCACACUGCCGGUGAAUACGAUCUCAAAAUACCGAAGAGUCUACCAUUGGUGUAUGCGCAGAUGCCUUUCUAUUUGCAUGGGCUGAACUGCACAUCGGAAAUUAAGACGCUAAUUGGACAUAUACGUGAUUUGAGCGUGAAAUUUGAGGCGCGCGGUCUACCAAAUUAUCCAUCAGGCAUACCCUUUAUAUUCUGGGAACAGUACAUGACGCUACGCUGGUCACUCGCACUAAUACUAUGCAUUUCGCUUGUCGCUGCUUUCAUGUUGAUCUCAAUAUUGCUGCUUUCUGUUUGGGCUGCCGUUUUGGUCGUAUUCAGCGUUGUCGCAUCGUUGAUACAAAUAUUCGGCGCCAUGACAAUACUCGGCAUAAAACUCUCAGCCAUCCCGGCAGUGAUACUGAUAUUAAGUGUCGGCAUGAUUGUCUGUCUUACAGUGCAAAUUUCACUGGGUUUCAUCACUUCCGUGGGUAAUCGCGAGCGUCGCAUACAUCUCUCCAUGCAAAUGUCACUCGGUCCACUUAUACACGGCGUACUCACUUCCGCUGUAGCCGUAUUUAUGCUCUCUACCUCACCCUUCGAAUUCGUCAUACGUCAUUUCUUUUGGUUACUCCUUGUUGUGCUCUGCGUCGGCGCUUGCAAUGGACUCGUACUCUUUCCUAUUAUCUUAAGCAUGUGCGGUCCUGAGGCUGAACUGGUGCCACUCGAACAUCCAGAUCGCAUUUCAACACCAUCCCCUGUAAUGUCGCGUUGCAAACGUGCCAACAAAACGGUGGUGGUGCAUGGUGGUCGCUCGUCACGUUCCUGCAGCAAGAAUAUGCAUCAUCACAAGGAUAUCAACAUUAAUGAUCCCUCAUUAACGACCAUUACCGAAGAGCCACCCUCAUGGAAAUCCUCCUCCUCAUCCAUACAAAUGAAUAACGAAUGGAAUGGCACCAAUAUGAAUAUGAAUAACGCACAUUAUGCUACAAAUGGCGCGCCACAACAAAUGAACAAUUACAACAUGAAUAAUUACUAUAUGCAUCGGCAGCAACCGAAUUACAUGCAGCAGCAUCAUCACUUUCAGUCAGCACCAUCAGCACCACCGGCACAACAACAGUGCACGCAACAAAACAUUUAUGGUGCGCCUACAUUUCUCAAAACAACACAUCCAGCACAGCAACAACAACAGCAACAUGCGCAUCAUCAAACGCAGCAGCCGCAGCAACAGCAGCAGCAGCCAACCCCACCACCAACAACGUCAGCACAACACAGCACGCAUACGCUGGGUGGGCCACACGAAACGGGUAACUUUCCCGAGCUGCAGAGUAUCGUGGUGCAACCGGAAGUCACUGUGGAAACGCACCACUCGGACACGAACACAACAAAAGUAACAGCGACGGCGAACAUCAAAGUGGAAUUGGUGACGCCUGGGCGCGCGGUGCGUAGCUACAACUUCAGCAGCUAGCGCUCACGUUUAGUUGAAUGUGCGCAAUAGGCGCUUUAGUGUAACGGGUGCAUGUAUUUAUUUGCUUAGUUAAGUAGUAGUAGUAGUUGUAAAAUUAAAGCGGUGCUACAUUUUUUUCCUUACGCACAAAUAUCGCUCGAAGUAAUGCAGUUAAAUAGCAUUGGUCGUCUAGUGCACAAAAAUCACUAAAAUUCAUUUUCAAAAGAAAUGCAGCAGUGCAAGCAAUGAAAUGUCAAAGCGCACUUUGAAGUAUUUGUGUGGUGCUGUCAGUCGACAGCUGAGUUAUAUGUACAUAAAUGUUAAAACAAACACUGUGAAUUCCUAAAGCAAACACUGUGAAUACUUUGUUUGGCUUGUAACAAUGUUUGUUUUGCAAUAUACAUAGAUAAUUCAUAUUUAGUUUUAUUUAUUUUUUUUUAAUUAAACUAAAACUUUUUAAAUUAAACUAAAACUGCAUUAUACUAAAA